AUGGCAGCGGCGCAAGCGAGAGCAGGCCCCAAAUUACCUCCUGGCGCAAACCGCAUCUUGUUUGUGAAAAAUCUGUCAUACAGCAUCACCGGCGAAGACUUGUACGAUCUCUUUGGACGAUAUGGUGGUAUUCGGCAGAUACGAAUAGGCAACGAAGCGAAAACUAAAGGCACGGCCUUCGUGGUGUUUGACGAUGUGAUGGACGCCAAGAAUGCGCUCGAGCAUCUCAAUGGUUUCCACUUGCAAGAGCGAUAUAUUGUCGUUUUGUAUCAUAUGCCGACGAAGCAAGAGGCGGCUGCAAAAGCCGAUCUUGAGAGGAGGGAAAAGGAGCUAGAGGAGAUGAAGAAGAGGCACAAUAUUGGGGAUGAUUAA